AUGACCAUUCUAGACGGAAGACAGUUCUCCUAUAACCACGCACCUCAGUUUCGGGAUCAAGAGAGCGAUGUCGCGACUAAAAGGCCCGCCAGUCGCAGCCACCAAGGCAGCCGUCCCAGUUUGACCGAGGACUACAUGCGCGUCGCUGCUGAUGAAGACACCACCCCCCGAUUCAAAUACCUGAGACAAAAGACGGACGUUUUAACGAUUCUGACAGACUGUGCCUGCAUUGUGUUUCCGAUGGCACAUGUCGCGUUUGUGGUCAUGUUGUGGCGCCUUGACGAGACUGAAGUCACCGAUGACAACUCGGAGGAAACUUGGCGCGAUGCAGUCACAAUACUUGCCACCACUUUCCCCAUCCUGUUUGCAUCUAUAGUCGGUCGAUUGGUUUCCGAAGCAGCACGUUGGAGACUGGAGCAAGGCGCUACAGUAGGAUCCCUCGAGCAGUUAAUCGGUAGUCGAACAGUUGGAGGAACUGUUCUAACCCUGUUCAGUUUUCGUUCGUUUAACGUACUGGCUGCCUUGUUGUUCUUGACGUGGUCGUGUUCUCCUCUUGGGACACAGGCCCUCCUGAGGAUGGAGUCGACAACCCUUAAGCCUCAAUUUGCACCUACAGCCAUUACCUACUUUGACGACUUAGCCAGAAGCCAGAUGAUUGAAGCGGAGGUAUAUGAAGAAACUACUUACGGCGGUUCCGAAUUUUACGCCUCGUAUUUCGGUUCUUUAGCCUCUCUGUACACAGCGCUCAUCACGACGCCGGACACAAUCAAGUCAGGCCCCAUGGACCUCUGGGGCAACGUCAAGAUACCAGUUUUGCAUCACUCCGAGUCUGUCUGGAAGGAUCUACCCAUCAACUCCAGCGCGAUUGAAUACUCAUCCCUGGCCGGCAUUCCUCUGAACGACUUCCACAUUGGCAACACAACAUUUAGCAUCGAGUCAAGCUACCUUCACCUCACGUGCGGACCAGUCGGUAUUGGCCUACAUGGCAAUUCCGCCCCCGGGUUCGUCGAAGACCCAGAUCCCAAUAUACUGAGGGAGGCCACCUGGGGCGACGGGAGCAGGAUCUUCCACAUGCCUAACGGCACCUGGCACGGCUACGGCUUCACCAACCCCAACGACACCGAGAGGACGGCGUGGAUGUUGGCGGUCGACAGGUUCGUCGACCCCGUCUGGCUCCUGAAGAACAACACCGUGCAGCGCGACCCCCUCACCGGAUUGUUCGAGGACAAACACGCGGCAGAGCGCGAGCGACCUCGUCUUUUCAUGAACGAGACGGGGAUCGAGGUUGGCCAAACAAACCUCCUCUUCCAGGCCGAGGCAGCGUGGACCUCGAGCAAGGCUCCCACUGUGAACCGUGCCACCUCGACCUGCCGAGUCACGCAGAAGUACGUCGAAUCUCGGGUCAACUGCACGCGCGCCCCUGCGGAUAUCACGCCAGCAUGCAGGGUUGUCGCACAAAGGCCAUCGGAGAAAAAACACGCACCGGAGGACAUCACGCACCUUUCGUUCCCAAAAGUCUUCAAUCUGGUUUCCAAGCACUUGCCGCGCACAGUUGGGGGCCAAAUAAGCUAUCAGACGGAGUUCUCCCUGUACUACCUGCAGGACCCGUCUCUCAAGGGCAUGCUGCUGCAGGAGACGCAGAUACUGAAGAAUCUUACAGCGACGGAUCUGCAGGUCCGUCUGGCCCAGCUACUCAACACAUACCUGACGCUGAGCCAACUGUCUUUCCAAAUCACGAGAUUAGGCCCCGACAACGCAGUCUCCCUAUCCAACCAGACGGCCACAGCAGAGACAACGACGUCCAUUAAAGUCUUUGAGGUAUCGGAUACCUGGGCAGUCGUAUGUCUGCUGUCGGGCGCUGUCAUGCUUGGCGCCGGUUUGAUGGGAGUCGUUUUCAAGCACCGGGCGAGAGGGCCCGAGGUUCUAGGGCACGUAUCGACCGUAAUCCGCGAUUCGAAGUACAUGGAUUUCCCACCGGAGGCUGUCCGGGCGGAGGGCCUGGACUUGUCGAGGAACAUGAAGGGACUGCGGAUACGGUAUGGUGUGACAGGGUUUAUGAAGGACGGGGAACCGUUGAUCGGGGUUGGACGCCACGAAGAGAUAGAGCCGGUCAAUUACCAUUAG